GCACGAUCGAAGAUUAAUAUAGUUCUACACCAGUGCUUGGUGAUGAUGUAUGAUCAAAAGUCCCUAAACCUGCAAAGCAGCAUGUCAGCCCGUGGCUCCCUUUUAGGUCCGUGCACUAGUAUAGCACUCCGCGUAGCGCCCCCUCAGUAAUUAUUUGAUUUGUGUAUGAAUCGCGAGAGCAACAAGGACGCCGUGCGGAUCGGCUUAAAAAGAGUAAGAUUUUGUAUGCGCUCGGUGGAAAUAUAAGAUCUCGGUCCUCGGAGGGGUAGUUUUUGUUUUUGUCUAUGUUUUCGAUUCGAAUGAAGAUAAAACUCGAAGUCGCUAGAGAUCCGGAAAUCGCCUUUUUACAUUAGAGCGUCGUUUUUUUUAGUUCUUCGCAAUCAUCGAUAUAUUCUAUCUUAACAAGCGGGAUAAGCAUGUACCGCAACCGAGCAACAGCACGCUGAGCUCUCUAUGAGCCUAGAGGAAAAGUCUUAUGAGCCCAUAACCGUAGAAAGCUGAUAACUUAGGUUUAUAUGUGAGUGGGUGCUCCCGCUCGGACAGGCAUUACCCCUACUAUUGCUUAGUGGUGAGGUUAGGCAUCAUCUAGUAGCUUCUAGCCCUGUUGCCGCCAAUCCAGAGCCAUAGGAAGAUAGUAGCCUGCCGCCUCCCCCCGAAAGUCGAAAAAAUGACACACGAUCUUGAUUUUGACAUGCCUCGUAGUAAUGGAUCGCCACGGCAAGAUGCUGGCGAGGUGAAAGAUAAACGUGCCUGAUUUAUACUAAUUUUUACGCAUGUUAAGACAGCUUUCAGGGCUCGUUCAAAGAAAAAGUAUCAGUAUGUAAGCGUAAAUCUUGGAAAUUUCUGCGGCAGUGUGUUUGUUCACCACCUGGAUCCAAAAAAUUUAUAACUGCGAAACAUCUACAAAAAAUUUUUGCAACCACGCGAAGCGCGUCCUUCGUCGAGGAAUGUAAAAAAUACGAACACUUCCGUGCAAAAUCCUUAAAAACUCAAGUUCCGCCGACUAUAAGCCACCAACUCAAACGCAAAGAUAGAAGACUACAGCAGCGAAAACAAGUAGAAGAGCAAAGGAGUUUACGCAUUGUUAGCGUUUUCCCUUUUAUUUUUACCCUCCCUUUUUGUUUUCUUCUUUUAGUCUGCGAAACGGAAAUAGAAGUACGCGAAGCGCGCGUCUGUGUUUUGCGGUGUCUCACCAUCAGAAGUGCGAGCUGCGAAGGGUGGGGCGCACCAUCUUCAAGUCAAGUCUCCUCGCGCUCAAGGCUGGCGCAUCGUAGAAUGAAUGAAUGAAUGUAUUUUGAUAUAGCAAAAACCUCGACCUCGAGCAGGAGCCGUCGAGCUCGAUGAGGGGCUGAAGCCGGUCUUAGAACACAGAGCAAUAAAGUGUUUCAUGUGGAUUGCGAUGAUUUGUUAGGGCCUUGAACCGUUGACGCCAUGCCCAGGCACGAGAGAAAGAAAGACAGAAAGGAUCUUGUUGCAUAACUUUUUAUUUUCAUUUUUAUUUUCGAUUUUUGUAUCUUUUUGUUGCUUCUUCAGGAUCACAUCAGCAGGAGGACUCUGCAUUGGUAUCCUAUCGGCCUAGGACUGUGAGAGAAUCCACUAGUGGAUGUUGAUUUGCGCAUCACAAUUGCAAUACUGAUUUUUGUUUUAUUUUUAAUCACAAACUGAAACUCCAGCACAAGAAACAUAAUGCCGUCCACCAAUUACGACAAGUGGUCGAAGUUCGCGGCCGACUUGGACAGUGAUAGCGAGCAAGAGGAAGAAAAGCAGUUUCCGAAGAAGCACACGGUGAAGCAGUAUCAAUUGCAAGCAUGUCUGGGUCUGGAAGGUUCUUAUUGAUGGACUCGGGAAGCACAAGGACGCCUGAACCGACGGCCAACAACCAUGACAACUUUUUGAGCUGCUGCUAGGUGUUGUCUAGUGAUUCAGAUUCUGCAUGACACAUGACAAAAAAAUAGAUUAUAGAAGAAGAAUAAACAUAAAAAUGCGCAUGACAGAGCAUGGAAAACUUAAACGUUGCACUCCAGAUCCAAGCAUGAUGUUUGCCCCAAUCCAUAGGCAGCAAAAGUUCACAAUCAUCCAUCCGCGGGAGUACAUUCCUGGCGGCAAGCUGAAACUGUGUGAAACUGUCCUGGAAGGAGUUUUAGCGGGAUCAAAAGAAGAAGACGUGUUGGCAAGAAAUGUCUUGCAACUCGAAGAACAGCUGCAUAGUGGUGCUACUCAAGUGUCGUCGAAACCGAAAAAAGACAAGCCUUUCACGGUGGAAAGAUUCGACAAGGAGACGCGACGGCAUGUAGAGGUAGAAAUUGACUACGAAAACGGCAAGAUCGUUGAGGAUGCGGGUAUCAACAAAGACGAGCAAGCGCUACUAGCUCAAGUUAAAGAUGACACCGAGAACAAAGCAGAUGACGACGACGCUCCAGCGUCCACCAGUCUGGUAGCGGAUGGGUUGCGCUGCGACGGUGCAGUAGAUCAGCAUGGUACAUCUGUAUCGACCGAAGAGGCAAAGGCUCUGCUGAAGGGCUUGUAUACAAAACUUAAUUGGAGCAAAUCGGUCGACGAGGAGCCCACCAGUGGAGGUGAUGGCGCAGCUGCGCAAAUAAAACCGGACACCCGCCAACAGACGCCGUUCACCAUCGGUUCAACGUUUCUACCGGGAUACAACAUCGCGACGGCUGCCACCGAUCCGGUGACAAAGCAGAAAAAGCUGUGGAAAAUUUGGUACGACGACUGUUUUCUGCAAAAAGAAGGGGACUACAAACACAAUCCUGCUGCCCGAAGCUUAAUCGGUUCGAAAGCAUUGGGCGCGUUUAUCCUCGGCUGUCAGGUUGUAGAUGAGCAGAAGAAGCAGACGUAUUGGGGCCUGGUUAGUAAAAAGGAAGUCGCUGACUUGGUUUUCAACCGCUCGGAAGGAAAAGAUAGUCACCGCAUCGAACAAGAGAUGCUGCAGCAGAAAGCACAACAGGCGAAACUGGAGGCGUUGGGCAUGAAAUUCCAGUCCCUGGGCUGACAAGAUAGGCUGGCGGAGAACGAGAAGUCAGUUGUUGUUCGGUGAUGAUUGUAAGCAAAUGCCGUGCUAAUCCUUUUUCUUUGAUAAUCCACGCCUGGUAUGAUGGAAAUCAAAUUCAUGUCACCAAUCUACCACCGAGGAGAUCCAAUGAUUGCAAUAACAAUAGACACAUCCUACACGCUAACCAUUGAAGGUGUGUUAAGCCGCUAUGGGGCAUGG